CCAGAAGCUCUUAGGAGGCCUGCUGGGUCGGGCACAGAGCAGAGCAGGAGACAUCAAGACAGCCAUCAGAAACCUGAAGGAGAUGAACACUGACAGUGUCUCACCUGACAGAAGCAUCAACAUCUUCCACUGUUUGAUGGAGAUGAAGGACCUCUCAGUAACUCAGGAUAUCCAAAAGUUCCUCAAGUCAGAGAACAGAUCAAAGAAGAAACUCUCUGAGAUCCAGUGCUCAGCUCUGGCCUACAUGCUGCAGAUGUCAGAGGAGGUUCUGGAUGUGUUGGACCUGAAGGCGUACAACACAUCACAGGAGGGACGAUGGAGACUGAUCCCAGCUGUGAGGAACUGCAGGAAGGCUCGACUUUCUGGCUGUGGACUCUCAAAGACUCACUGGGAAACCGUGGCCUCGGCUCUGAAGUCCAACCCCCAUCUGACAGAGCUGGACCUGAGUGAGAACCAGCUGUGGGAUUCAGGAGUGAAGCUGCUGUCUGCUGGACUGGAGAGUCCAAACUGCAGCCUGAAGACUCUCAGAUUGAGGAGCUGCUGGUUGACAAAGAGCUGCUGUGCUUCUCUGGCCUCGGCUCUGGAGUCCAACCCCCAUCUGACAGAGCUGGACCUGAGUGAGAACCAGCUGCAGGAUUCAGGAGUGGAGCUGCUGUCUGCUGGACUGAAGAGUCCAAACUGCAGACUGAAGACUCUGAGAUUGAGGAGCUGCUGGUUGACAAAGAGCUGCUGUGCUUCUCUGGCCUCGGCUCUGAAGUCCAACCCCCAUCUGACAGAGCUGGACCUGAGUGGGAAUGAGCUGCAGGAUUCAGGAGUGGAGCUGCUGUCUGCUGGACUGGAGAGUCCAAACUGCAGACUGGAGACUCUCAGACUGAGGCGCUGCUGGUUGUCAGAGAGCAGCUGUGCUUCUCUGGCCUCGGCUCUGAAGUCCAACCCCCAUCUGACAGAGCUGGACCUGAGUGAGAACCAGCUGCAGGAUUCAGGAGUGGAGCUGCUGUCUGCUGGACUGAAGAGUCCAAACUGCAGACUGAAG